UCAACAUGAGGAUGAAAACUGGGUCACAGAGUGAAAACACACACACAACAUGGAACAGAGUCUGACAGUUUUAUACUGGAUUUCAUAAUUCAUCAUUGACUCAACUGAUUGGCAAACCACCAUUGGUCAACAACAAUUGUGUAAAUGAUUGGAGAUGAAGGAAAUAAGAUCAUGUGUUCGCCUACUAAACUUCACAAAUUAACAUGACUUCUGUAAAAGCACUUCCUUGAAAGCAGGAUAAAUCAUUAUUAAUCUUGACAAACAAGUGAAUUAUUUUGAAAGUUAAAUCAUGGACUUCAGAAUCACAUCAGUGAUCCUACUUCUAAACAUUUCAGGCUCUCUAACAUUGAACCGCAUCUCUGUGAUAUGUAAGAAUAUUUGUGCUCGGAGAGAAACCAAUGUGCAGUUGAAGUGCUCUUAUGACAACAUCCACACCAAAACUGCGUUCUGGUUCAGUGAAAAACAAAGUACAAACUGGAGAAGAAACAAUGAACCUGAAGAUUUGACUUUAGACUCAGAUUACUCAGGACGGGUGGAGCAGAUCAUUGGUAAAUAUGAAGCAGAACUCACAAUAUCAGACGUGAGAGAGAGAGACUCUGGAGAAUAUCAACUAAUGUUCGUGGAGAAUGUUGUUAAACAUCUCAGCUCAGCGGCCGUCAGUCUAACAGUCACAGACCUGCAGGUGAGGAUGAAUCCUGCAUCUACAGACCAGAGAGAUCAGAAAGUAAAACUGACCUGUGAGACUUCCUGUGAUUUGACGUCCAGACCUCAGAAUUACUACUGGAAAAAAAAAGGACAAUAUGUAGAAGAUCUUGGUCAUUCCAGGAGCAUUGAAGUUUCACCGGAGGCUGCUGACAGUUACUCAUGUUUUCUUAUUGAAGAUCUUAUGAACUCCUCCUCUCCUGUGUGCAUUUCUAAGAGUGUCUGCUGGGAUGUGACUUACACCUCUAGAAGAGUCUGUGCUUUGGUCGGCUCAACAGUAGACAUUUCCUGCACAUACUCACAUCCCUCUGGUCAUACUGUAUAUAAAACAUUCUGGCACUACCCAUCUGGGGGCUUCAGGGAUCUGCGUGAGGAGCAUCAGUUUGCUGGUCGUGUGGAGUAUGUGGGAAACAAACUGAGAAUCAAAGAGCUCAAGAUCAGUGACUCUGGAGAAUAUCGAUUCAGGUUCAUCACUGACUUAGACCAAUACUCUGGAUCACCUGGAGUCAAUCUUACUGUUACAGAUACGCAGGUGAAAAAGAGCCCAUCUGUUGUAUCAGAGGGACAGGAAGUGACAUUAAGUUGUUCAACUAAAUGCACUCUGAACUACAAACAUACUUACAUCUGGUACAAGAACGGACGACAGGUAACAGAUGGAUUCACUAAAGACAACAAGCUGUACCUGGACUCAGUCAGCAAUGAAGAGCUUCACCAGUAUUCCUGUGCUGUAGAAGAAAUCGAGUCGAACACCGCUUUACUGAGUACUGUAAUCAUACUGUUCGUGUUUCUGAUUCUUGCACUCAUAGGAGUCCUGUGGUACAGGAGGAGAAAGACUAAUUCAUCUCAACAACAUGUGGACAAUAACGGGAGUGUACAGUCGGGUUCUGCUGCGCUGUUUGAUAAUACUGCAGCCUUGUCUACGGUUUCCACAGAAGAUCACAUGAACGAUCAGGACAUUCAAUAUUCAGCUAUUAAUUUCAAGCAGUCUCACACAAAGAACACAUCAUCAGCUCCUACUGUGGUACACUCACCCACAGAUGAUGUUCAUUAUGCUGCUUUGAAGUUCAGCUGAACCUUAGCUAAGCCCCAGCUUAAAAUAGACCUACAGUACUAAACAACCCAACUGUUGCUGUCUGCUGUAUUGUGACCAAGCUUUUGCUCAUAUCAAAUGUCUAUGAAUGUCCUGCAUAUUUGCAUAGUUUUACGGAAUUUUAUAGAAUUUACUCAAAUUUAUGGACAAAAUGUUGAGGUGUGUGAUUCAUAGGAGCCUGUAGAUAAUAUAUGUAUUUUUUUUCUUUUCCAUUUUUUCAUUUUUUCUUUUAAUAAACUUUAAUAAACUUUUCUGUUCAU